AUGUCUCCCCUCUCCAAACUCGCCAUCUUCCUCCUCGGUCUCUUCCUUAUGACCACCCAAGCAAACCCCCUGGACGCCCACCCCAAACCACGGCGUUCCAUCGGCGGCGUCCUAAUCUGCACCAACCCCAACGCCACCGGCGUCUGCACCCACGAAACCUACCAACUCAACAGGUGCUACAACCUCCCCGACGGUCUUCGGAACAACGCCGCCACCUUUGCGCCAGACCCCGGUAAUUUCUUUUGUUAUCCUUACCUCAAGGUCUGCGGCGGCAUUUGCACCUCACCUGAGGGUUGCACCAUGGGACCUGUCGACUCUGACUAUCCCCACCGGUACAACCUCACGGCCGUGAGCUGGGACCGGUUUAUUACUUCGUUUGAUUGUCUUUUGAAGUGA